AUCCAACGGUUUUUUAAUUGUUAUUAUAAGUGAAAAAUGGCUACGUUACCGCCACGUAAAAAUCCAACACCAACUCGUAUAUCUAAACAACAUUUAACGCCUCUACAAACUUUACUUCAAAUGGGCUUCCAAAAACACAGAGCAGAAAAAGCUUUAGCAUCUACUGGUAAUCGUGGAGUACAAAUUGCCUCCGAUUGGCUGCUGGCUCAUGUUAACGAUAAUACUUUAGAUGAGUGUACACCGCGUGAAUAUAUAUUAUAUGCCUGUCCAACAGGACCAUUUCUACAACAACUUGAAGAAUUUUGGUCAAAAUCAAGACAAGUGUGCGGCUGGAAUGGUGCACACAAUUAUGUGCCACAUAUUACUUUAGUAUCAUUUUUUAAGGCUCCAGACGAAUGUUCGCUGCAACUUUCAAAGGCUUUAAAGCAAGUAGUUGAUAUGACUGGAGCACUGUUAGAUCGUCCCAUCAAACUAGAAUUGUAUAUGAGUCAAAAUUUUAUGGGCUUCUUUGUGGCGGAAGAUGAUGCUAAUUAUUUGAAACGUUUGGCUUUGCAAUACGUCAAGGAAGUGUCAAACUCAAUAAUUAGUGAUACUUAUGAGCAACUUGAUGCCAUAGUGGCUUGUUUUCCUUGGUGUGGUGCUGUUUCAUCGGGUAAUCGUUGUAUACCGCGUAGCAGUCGCUCGAUUUCUUUGGAACCUCAUGUGAAAUCAUUGCACCUGACUUUAGCGUAUCAAUUUCCGCAGAAUCAAUUUAAUGCACUGAAAACAUUAGUGGAAUCACUAGAUGCAUCAUGUGCCUCCAAUUGGGAGCUACGUUUAUAUUCGCGUGAUCCCAGAUUGGCUACAAAACAAGUGCAAAAAGUUGUUUAUCCACAUAGUCCACAUGAAAUUGAUGAGUUGGAACUACGCAUUGGAGAUUACAUCUAUUUGAAUAGUGACGCCGUUGAUAAUUCAUCAGACGGCUGGGCUGAAGGUAUAUCUUGGUUGACCGGUGCCCAUGGUCAUUUACCCGUUAACUAUACCGAACGUACAGCUGAAUCAGAUGCUUGGACAUUACAUCGUGUUGUGCAAUUGUCAAAAUCAAUAACACCUUCAUUAACAUCAGCCGAAGAGUGUGAUAUGGUCGAUGGUCGUAGCAUUUCAACAGAAACAGAAGAACACCAACAAUCACGCCAUCAUCGCGAUUUGCCACACAUUGGUUUACAUUCAGCAGACUUAAUUGAGGGCUCCUCCUUUAAUGAGGACUCUGAGCAAAGUGUUGAAAAAUAUUUACGCAAAACCUUGAAACCCUGUCUGGAUUUACAUUCCCUCAACAAUCACCAUCAUCUCAAUCAACAACAGUCGACACCACUUAUUGAAAUUACACCGAAUAGCAUGUCGACUCCGAAUGCUAGUGACAUUAAAGUGGAGCCCAUACAAUCGGCUGCUCCCAAGGCCGAUGAUACUCUGAGUCAACACUCAGCGGAAAAUUCUGUAUCAUUAUCGGCGAAAAAUCGUCGUGUCUAUAUUAUGCGUCAUGGCGAAAGGGUCGAUUUUACAUUUGGCACUUGGAUACCAUAUUGUUUUGAUGAGUUUAACAACUAUAUGAGAAAGGAUUUAAAUAUGCCAAAAGCACUGCCAAAAAGGAACAAUUGUCCCGAUGGUUGGCAAAAUGAUUCGCCAUUAACAAAUAUUGGUUUGUAUCAAGCCAGUUUAAUUGGUGAAGCUUUAUAUGAUGCUCGCGUAAAGAUCGAUAAUGUUUAUUGUUCACCAGCAUAUCGUUGUAUACAAACUUGUACAAGUGCUUUGGAAGGUCUUAAACUAACGGGAAAACAUAGAAUAAAACUAGAACCUGGUUUAUUCGAAUGGAUGGCUUGGUAUCCUGAAGGUGUACCCGAUUGGCUAAAUAAAGAGGAAUUGAGAGAAGCUAAUUAUAUAAUAGAUAAUGAAUAUCAACCCUUUGUAACUGUUAAUAAUCUAAAUGAGGGAAUAAAAGAGACCACAGAAGAUUUUUAUACACGUAACUAUGAAGUUUUAAAGAAAAUUAUUGAAACAACAACUGGCAAUAUCUUAAUUGUAGCCCAUGCCACCACCCUUGACACCUGCACACGCCAACUGAUUGGCGAGGCACCACGCAACACCAACGAAUUGCGCCAGGUUAUACACAAGAUACCCUAUUGUAGUUUGGCCAAUGUUGAGGAAAUCGAUGGCCAAUGGAAACUUGUGGAACCGGAAUGUUUACCCGUAACACAUUCUAAAAACCCACGCUUCGAAUGGAACGCAUUGACUGCCACAUAGUGCAAGUGCUUCGAAGAGUUUAUCAAUAAACUUUCUUCUUAAGUAAAUAAAUCAAUCUAUACCUAAAUACUACCUACCUAAAUACUUUAAUCUAAUAAUAUUGCUUCUUAAAUACUUAAUUGUUAUUAACUCUAACUUGUGUUGCUUUUUUGUUUAACAUUAUUGCCCGCGGUUUUGUUUAGAUUUUAAGUACAACUACAGAAAUAUAAAAUUAUGUUGCCUGUUCAAAUAAAGUAAAGUGGUGGGUGUAUAAAUGUAAAAUCGAGUUUGGAGUAAAUAUCUAUACAAAAAAAGAAAUAUAAGAAUACGUAAAUAUUUAAAUUUAACAGCUAAUUUGAACAUAUCACCCUCGGAUUUAGUUCUAUAGAAGCUUUGAUUUCUUUUGAAAUUGUCAGACUUGGAAAUAGUUUCUGAGGAAUUUUUAAAAUUAUUUUUUAUUUUUUGGUUCAAUUUAAGAACCCAAAGAAAAAUACAUGACAAAGAAGUAGUUCAUUCUGGGGAUCAACUGAUUAAGAGUUAGUUUCUUACUUGCAAGUUAAAUGUAGCUUAACACGCUGUUAUAUUAAAUCUGAAACAAAUUUAACAAGGAAUUGAUUAAAUCCUUUAUUAUGAUCCUCACUAAUGGAAUUUUGUUAGCAUUGCCCUAUUUAGGAUUUAGGUGAAACGGGCAUGAUUUUUACAUUAGGAGAUCAUGUGUUUAUUCGAGUAUUUAAAUAUAUGACUCUUCAUUUAAAUAAUUGCCUAGAAUCAGACAGAUUUUCGAAAUAAAAUCAAAUGCACAAUAAAUUUUAAUAACAAAAUUAAAUAAAGUUUUAUUUAAUUUCAUAUAAUCUAACAUCACUUUUAUUUUUUGCAAUUUUAAAUUGAAGUGAAAUAUUUAAAUUCCCUGAUCAUAUUUAAAAACCAGCCCAAUUAUGAAUAAAAAAUGUCGCGGGAGUUUGUUACCAGGGAGUUUUUUCCCAAUGAAUUUGAAUAGGAAAAAUGAGAAAAGGGAAAAACUCCCGGGGAAUUUUUAUUCAUAAUUUGGCUGACUGUUUUGGAUGAUAUGUUUAAGUACUUUGUUAUUGACAAAUUUAUAAUGAAUUGUAAAAAAAUAUCGAUGUUGGCAUUCAUUCAGCUGUAAUUCUAGACAAAAAAAUAUCACUCAAAAGCUGAGAGGUGUGCGAAAUUUCGAAAUCUUGGUUCUCCUUGCAGCCAAAUUCGUCUUGGUAUGGACCUCAUAUAUACAGGCCUGUCACACAUUUUGUUCGGAUUGGUUUUAAUUCCGUAGUUUUUAUUCCGAUCGAUUUCGUUUUAGGUUCUUCAGAUUCCGUAAAAUUUUUUUGGUAUUUCUGAUUUUAGAAAAACAAAUAAUUUCAAUGAAAUAUCAAUUCCACUUUGAAAACUGUAGGUGCUUUCAUUCCAAAAGAAAUUUUCGUUUUACUUUUUCUGAAAAAGCGAAAUUCGGAAUUAAUUCCACUUUCGAUCGAAAUGGAAUUCUGUGACAGGCCUGAUAGAUUACACAAAUAUUGACUUCUACGAAUUACAUUUGAUAAUGGAACAUUAUUUCUCUAAGUUUAUUAAAUCAGCGCAAUGAACUAGAUUAUUUUAAGACAAAUUCGAUGCCAUUUUUGUCUAUACCAAAGUCAAGGUAGCAAUUGGCUGAAUUUGUUCUAAUAACAACGGUGUCGAUUAAGACGAGUGUGAUAGUAUUUUAGGAGAUUUAUUCUUUUAAAGAUUAGAAAUUAUUUCUACUUUUAAUUUUUAAUGCAAACUGAAGUUGAUUACAGCUGACAGACGGACGGACUGAUGGAAAUCAUGAUAUCGAAUUACACUUGUAAAAAUUCUAAAUACAUUCAAUACAGAAUCGUGUAUACAUCUUAUGAACACUAGAAUAAAUUUAUACAUAUUCUAGGGAGACUAAUAUUUAACUAAGAUUUAGAAAAAUAAAAGGCUCGAAAGAAUUAAUUCUUAAUUCAACUUUCAAAACCACUUAUAUUUUAUCUCUUAAAAAAUCCAUUAGAGCAUUCAUUACGAAUUAAUUCACAGACAUUUCCCCUUAUCGAGGUUGGCGUAAACGUCAUACGACUACGACAGUUUCGUACUAGAUUAAAGAAACAGUUUGCAUUUUAUCUUUAAUCUUGUACGAAACAGUCGUAGGCGUAUGACGUUUACGCCAACCACGAUAAGGGUGAUUAUUUCCUAGUACUUCAAACGUAUUGAAUUGAGGAAUUCAUUCUUUAAAGAAUUAAUUCCUUAUUAAAUCAUUAAAUUGUUCAUUCAUUCAAAUACUUUACAAAUAAAUUGAAAAAACUUUAUUUCUCCUUAAAAAAUUAGUUUAUUGGGAAUGGUUUUAUGGAAUGAAUAGUUGACAUUUUUAAUUCUGUGAAUUUAAUGAAUUGAGCACAAAUUAAACAACAAUUCAAAGUUCUAAGGAAUAACUAUAUUAAAUUCCAAUGAUUUAACUUUAAUCGCAAUAAACAUUUUACAUUUUCCCCCAUCACUUUACUUUAGUUUGAACAACUCUUAAGGUUGUUUUAUGAAAUACAUACUAUUUUUAAGCAAUUUUAUGUACUAUAUAUAAGUUGUUCUUGGAAAACAAAACAAAAUGAAACAAACAAUCUUUAUAACUGCCAUUAUAUUUGAAAUUAUUUAAAACGAAGAAAACCAAACAAAAUUUAUACACACACACCUAACUAUACGAGUUUAAAAUGCAAAUGCUGAUUGAGUAAAGACCGAAAAUGUAGUCAAUAUUCACGACUUAAAUUAAAGUUAUAAUUUUCUUAGAAAUCAAUGUUCGUAGUAUAUUUGCAAGGGUAGCAAAUAUGCUGGAAUAUGUAGCUACAAUGAGUCUUGUAUUUUCGAAAGACAGAAAAUGAUUAUUAAACUUGCAAAUUUGUUGCAAGUGUUGUAAAUCACCAGCGGAAAUCACUCUUCAUUGCAAACUACCCCUGCAAACCUUGCAUAUGUUGCAAAUCUAUGAUAAAUGCUGUAUUUUGCAAUACAAAAUAUAAUCCAAUCAUUGUCGGAAUCGGUUUUGAAAACGACAAAAAUAUACUUUUGACGUUUGAAAUCCAAUGUAAUUUUUUAUUUCAUCGAUAAAGAAUUUAAUUCUAGAUCCAAUAUAAAUCCGAUAACUUUCGAUUUCAUGAGACCAAUGUACUUUUUCUGUCGUUUUCAAAACCGAUUCCUACAAAGAUUGGAUUCUAUGACAACCCCGAAUAUGAAAUUUUGGUAUUAGCUCUUUUCAUAUAUAGUGUGUAGAAUAACAUUAAAUACAUUUCUGUUCAAGGCGAAACCUACCAAAUUCUGGCAUGGUCUUUUAAGCAUCACAUAUAAAAGAAACACUUAACAGAAAACUGAAAUGUAAAAUUUUCUAUUCUUAUUAGAAUAUUAUUCUAUGGAGUUGUCUCAAUCAACAUUGUAUUUAACACUCAAUAUAUAAACAUAAAAACUGAACAGAAAGGUUUCUAUUCAAACCAAAUUAUUCGAUUUUUUUACACACAAAAAUUCCUUAAAAAAAUUCCUAAAAUAUUUAGUAAUCGAAAUUAUAAUCUAUCUUUAGUACACAUUUUACUACUACUCAAUUAAUUUCAACAAAAUAUAUAUAAUAUAUCAAUAAAAUAUACACAACAAUCACAAAAUUUAUCUAUGAUCCUGUACUAGUCAUUAAUAAAGGUUUUCUAAAACCUAUAAGUUAGAUUGGUUAGUACAGAAUAACAUAGCAACUUCUCUUUUUUAUAAUUUAAAUUCUUAAUUUAGCUUUUAUAAGAUUAGCUUAUAACAAUAUGGAUUAUUAUAUGCAUUAAAAAUUAUAAUUAUUAUUAUUAAAUUCUUAUUAGCGAAGUUCUAAACUUCUUGUUAGCAACUGAAAACAAAUGAAAUAUUUAGUAGUAUACAUUUAACAACAACUACAUACAUAUACACUAGGUUGGGUCAAUUAUAUUGGUCAACAGGCAUAAACGUACUCUACGAAAAAAUUCUAAGAAAAUUUCCCCAAGAAACUAUGAGUCUAAAAUCAAAACCUAGCUCCAGCUGAGAGACUUCAUAAUACACAGUUAAGAAAUUUUUAAAAACAAAUCUUAAAUCUUUAUGUCUCUCGACGGGUGCUAGGUAAUUUUGGUAAUUUUCUUAAAAUUUUGUGUAGAUUUCGAUUUUACAAAUUGACCCACCCUAAUAUACACAGAUAUAAUAAUAUACAAAUACACAAAUAAUUUAUUUGUUUUAUAAUAUUUAAUCUACUUUCAUAUACAUAUACAAGAAAUGAUCGAUCGAUACUAUAUCCAUUUUAUACUCGUAAAAGAAGGAAAACAAAAAAAACGAACGAAAGAAUAAAAAUCAAUAAAUUUGAAGCUCAAAAUGGUGAAACACUUUCUAUAAUAAUAAAACAGAGACAUAUAAAAAUAAUAAAGUUAACAAUCUUAAAAAAAA